AUGUCUUCACAGGUGCUUAUUCUUCAGCCACAUAGCUCUUAUUUAUCUGCAUUCAAUGAGUAUUAUUUAAAACCAGCAUCAGGAACCCUAUCCACUGCAGCGAUCACUGGAAUAGCUGUUGGCGUUAUAGCAUUUGUUCUUCUUGUAAUCCUUAUAUUCAUAAUCGUCUAUUGCUGUCGGCACAGACGAGCGGGUUACAGAAGUGCUUAUGAUACAGAUGAAGCUUUUGGUAAUUGUCAAAUCCCAAAUGCUGAUGCCGCUCUUCGGAGUAAAACCAACGGUCAUCCUGAUGUGAAACCCGAGUUAUAUAUUUGA